GUAUUGGAUUGGGUUGCUCUUUGGAUUCCACUUGAAACAAACUUUUAUAAUCUACCUUAUUCAGGACAAACUAUUAUUAGAAAAUCUUAUAAAUCCCCACUUUUUCCAGACAAAAUUUUAUUUCAAUACUUUAUUCUGAUCAACCUAACAGCUGAUCCACAGUCUUUGCCAAAAAAACAAAAUACUUUUGUAGCCUAUACUGGUUAUACCUUUCAUGAGGAAUCACAAU